UAGAGAUGCUAGGCAGGAUAGUGAAAUGCUCCUCUUGUGGGAUGUGGGAAGGCAGGGUGACCUCCAGUGUCCCUGACUACAACAGCGAGAAGUGCAUCAAAUCAAAUAAAGGCACGCACUCGGAGGAGAAGUUAACUUGUAUAUUCACUUUGCAGAGAAUAAUAGAUAAGUUAUCAGUCAAUAAUUAGUGCUAAGGGUAGUCAUUGCACUAACAGAAAUAGAUCUGUACAUUACACUGGAAACCCAGAGUAACACACACAAAAUGCAGGAGGAACUCAGCAGGCCAGGCAGCAUCUGGGAAAAGAGUACAUUCGACGUUUCGGACCGAGUUCCUCCAGCAUUUCGUGUGCAUGGCUGAGUGCCUCAGGCGUUAUUUCUUUUAUCUAUGGUGUUCCGUGUAGCGAACAACAUAUUUAUCCAUCAGUGAGACCUGUCUCCUCCCCGGGCUCGGGGCUCGGGCCUGCGGCUUCCCCGGUGGCGGAGUCCGACCUUUGGCCGCGUUGCUGGGAAUCCCGAUGUCAUGCGCAGUCCGCGGCCCCUCCGUUGACGAUCGGAGGAUGUUUGUUGUGGCGAGGUCGGCCGUGCAGUUGCUGCGGAACUCUCAGUGGCGCCGAUCUGGCCCAGCCGCCAUGUCUGCGAGUGCGUGGCUGGAGCCGGGCGCCAAAUGCCUCUUCGAUGAGCCGGUGCGGGUCCGGGUGAGUGGUCUGUCGCCGCUGCAACAGGUCACCAUGAAGGCCGUCCUCGCUGAUGAGAAGGGCGAGACUUUCAGUUCGGCGGCUUUCUACCGGGCGGACCAGCGGGGCGAGCUGGAUCUGAGCCGCUCGCCGUCCCUGGGCGGCCACUACUCGGGCACCGAGCCCAUGGGCCUCUUCUGGUCGCUCACGCCUGCCACUCCGUACAAGCGUCUGGUGAAGAAAGACGUGGCCACCUCGCCGCUGCGGGUCCGCAUCGAAGUGUUUGAUGGGCACAGCGACGACCCCCAGGGGCUCCCACUGGCCGCCUGUGUCAAUGAGCGGUGGUUCAUGAGUGAAGGGGUGGCCAGGGUCCCAGUGAGAAAGGGCAGGAUCCGGGGGGUACUCUUCGUCCCACCUGGCGAUGGUCCAUUUCCAGGGGUUAUUGAUAUGUAUGGGUCAGUCGGUGGGGUGGUUGAGCACAGAGCUAGCCUCUUGGCAAGCCAUGGAUUUCUGACGCUGGCUUUAGGAUAUUUUGGAUUCGACGACCUUCCAAAGGACUUUCUCAACCUUGAUCUUGAAUACUUUGAAGAAGCUGUGAACUUUUUGAGGGACCAUUCAAAGGUAUCAGGUCCUGGAGUUGGAGCAAUAGGAAUAUCAAAGGGAGGAGACCUGGUUCUUUCAAUGACUACAUUUAUACCACAAGUCAGAGCAGCUGUCAGUAUUGGUGGAUGCAAUGCAAACACUUUAGGUACUUUGCAUUACAAAAACAUCACUCUUCCAGGCCUGAGUGUUUCAUUGGACCAAACUAGGUUUCUGGAAUCAAAUCUUGUUGAUAUCUCUCAAGUAACUAAUAACCCAAGGGAAGAAGAAAAUAAAGAUUGUAUCAUCCCAUUAGAAAAGGCUGAGGGUAAUUUUUUGUUUGUGGUUGGAGAGGAUGACAAGAAUUGGAACACUCCACUCUUUGCUCAGCAAGCUAUCGAACAACUGAAGGAAAAUGGAAAAGAGAACUAUGAAAUUCUUACCUACCCAAAGGCAGGACACCUGCUGGAGCCCAGCUAUUUUCCAUUCUGCUAUGCCUCUUUUCAUCGGUUGGUAGGGCUUCCUGUGAUAUGGGGAGGAGAAAUGAAAGAGCAUUCAUUAGCCCAGAUAGACCUUUGGCCGAAGAUACAAAUGUUUCUGAGAAAACAUCUUGAAAAACAACAAAGUAAAUUGUGAAAAUAGGUAAUAUCUAAAUAUCUAAUACCUGAUUCAUGAAAUGGAUUGGAUUAUUUAAUAAAUCAUUUUUUAAUAUUAAGUAUUUGAUUCCAUUUGUAUUUGCAUGUACUUUGUGGAGAAUGAUUUAAAAACUUUAGCACAUUGAAACCAGUAACAUUUUCCUUACCUUUCCCAUAUCUAUGAUGUAAUAUUUUCCUGUCAGUUUCAUUAAUGGCAUUGAAGUUUUCUGCGUGAAUAUUUUUGGUUUGCUUGUUUGCUUCUGUUCAAUUAAGAUUCAUUAUUGAGAAUACAGGAACUUAAGAAGUGGACUGCUGUUGGUAAAGGCCUGUUUUAAAGCAUACAGGUGAAGAAAUACCAGCUAUUAUUGAUCAGGUUAGAUUACAUCAGUACUUCUAGAAUGCUGGUAUCUAAUUAAUGGUAGGAGAAGGACAUUUUCAUAGAGAGCAUUUGAUCUUCCCAUGCCAUACUAUUAACUCAAAAGAGAAAACAACAAAAAAAUUAUUUUGACAACAAAUUCUGAACUGUUCCAUUGUUCAUUACUGGACAAGCCAUUUCUUAAUAAAUAGACUGGUCUUACCAAUGUGGUUUCCUAGAUUUUAACCUGAGUCACCAAACCACUGUGCCUUUUAAUUAUUAAAUAGUGCAUGUCUUACAAGAUUUAAUUUUAUUUUUUUAAUAAGUGCAAAACUCCAGGUGAAGUUUUUAAAUAUUAUUUUGCAAAAAUCCCAUGAAUUGCUGUGGGAUAUAGAAUAGCUAACAAAAGGAAUUCAUCAUCCAUUCCUAAUAUCACUGGAGAUGGUAGUGAUAAUAUAUCUAGAAAAGUUUUUAUAUUUAGCUGAAUGCCAUUGUUGGGUUACGUACCACAGUAAUGCACAGAAGCAAGCCCUUUGGCCCAUAUAGUCCAUUUCGGAUUAUUAUGCUAACUUUCCAUCAAUCUGUAUCUGGACCACAGCCCUCCAUAACCCUCCCAUCUACAUGCCUAUUCAAACCUCUUCAACUUGAAAUUGAAGAUGUCCUUUGAGCUCUCUGCGCUUUGAUCUGGUUUUAGAUCCCUUUGCUGUUGCUUUUUGAGAAUCUAGUGAUAUCAGUGGUAUUUUAAGGAGAGGUACUACCCAAAGUGUUUUGCUCUAUGCUGAUGAUCUAUUGCUUUUUAUUUCUAAUGUUGAGACCUCGUUACCUCCUACACUUUCUUUACUCUCCUGUUUCAGCCAGUUUUCAGGAUAUAACCUUCCUUUUAAAAUUGUAUGAAAUCAAUUUACCUAUCUGGGUGCAACAACUACCAAGAAUUAUAAACACCUACUUAAAGAAAAUGUUCUUACCCUUUUGAAUUAUAUGAAAAGAGCACUAUCAAACUGGUCGCCCUUCUCUCUCAUUGAUUCAUUGAACUAUCUCUAUUAAAAUGAAUAUCCUACCUAAAUUUAUAUACCUUUUUCAGGUCCUACUGGUUUUUAUUCCUAAGUCCUUUUUUGAUUCUCUUGAUUCAAUUCUAUCGUCGUAUAUAUGGAAAAAUAUUCUGGAUUAAAUAAAGUUCACUUUCAAAAAGUUAAAAAGAAUGGAGAUUUAGCUUUACCAAAUUUUAGGUUUUAUUACUAGGCAGUCUAUAAAUAUAUGGAAUCUGAUGUUUUGGUCAUAAUCGUGAGGACUGUCCAGUAUGGGUCUCCUUAGAAGUUAACUCUGUUAAAAAAAAUUUCUAUUAUUUCUCUUCUUGGAUCAGCACUUCCUUUAUCUUUAAAUAAACUAUCUGACAAUUUGGUAGUUAAACGUACUUUGAGGAUCUGGUUACUAUUUAGAAAAUACUUUGGUUUAUUGAGAUUUUCUCUUUCUAGUUCCAUAUUUUCUAAUUGAUUUUUUUAAACCACCUAUGACCGAUGUAGUUUUUAAAGAAUGGGAUAGAUUGGGUAUUAAAUGCUUCCACGAUCUGUUUGUUGGAGGAAGUCUCUUUUUGUUUGAGCAACUGUCAGCUAAAUAUAGCUUACCAAAAGCCCACUUUUUUCGAUAUCUACAAGUUAGAGACUUUCUGCGAUCUCAAUUGCAUACAUUUCCUAUGAGUCCUGAUAAGAACUCAUUAGAUGUAAUUUCUAAUUUGAAACCUUUUCAUAAUGGCUCAAUAUCCAAUAUUUAUGGUAUGUUGUUGGGAAUAAGAGAGGCACCUUUAGACAAAAUUAAAAAUGCCUGGGAACAAGAUUUACAGAUUUCAAUUUCUGAGGAGACUUGGAAUGAAAUCUUUAAAUUGGUUAACGCUUCAUCACUAUGUGCUGACCACUCCCUCCUACAAUUUAAAGUGGUCCAAAGGGCCCACAUGUUAAAAGACAUGCUAUCUCGUUUUUAUCCAGAUAUAUCUCCCUAUUGUGAUAGAUGUAACAAUGGAAAGGCUUCACUAAUCCAUAUGUUUUGGACAUGUCCACAUCUUGAAAAAUACUGGAAGGAAGUAUUCCAAACAUUUUCUGUACUUUUUAAACUAAAUUUUAAGGCUAACCCUUUGACUGCCUUGUUUGGUACUGCUGGAGAAAAAGGCGUAACUUUGGAGACAUCUGACUUGUAUAUAUUGGCUUUUAUUUCUCUUGCAGCUAGAAGGGCGGUGUUGCUUAAAUAGAAGGAUGUUGCUCUGCCUACUCACAAUGGUUACAUGAUGUUAUGUCAUGCUUAAAUUUAGAGAAGAUUCAUUGUUCAAUUUCUGAUUCUAACCAAGACUUUCAAAUAUUGUGGGGACUAUUUUUGAACUACUUUCAAAACCUUUGAUUUGGUGUUAAAGUACAGAUGUUGGCUAAUAACAUAAAUCACUAUGUGAUAACGAUUUUUUUCUGUCUUUCUUUCUUUACCAAACAGCUUUGAUCUUAGUAGUGGGUUUAGGUUCUUUUUAUAAUAAAAUUAUUACAAUUCAAAUUACAAUUUAAUUAAUGUAUGUGUUUGAUUAUGAAUAUAGGGUACUGUGAUUUAAAUAUAAUGUAUUUGGUACUAUUCUUUUUUUAUAAUUCAUAACAUAUAUCCCCAUGUACUCUGUAUUCUUCUAUGUGAAAAUUAAUAAAAAUAUUG